CAGCCGAUUAGACCUCUCAAUCUGUUCGAGCUCACUAUCGCUGGAGUGUACAUGGAAGGUUAUCCAGGAUCCCCAUGGUAGUGAUCAUCUUCCGAUCGUUGUUUCUAUUUCCAAUGGUUCACGUCAACCUCCAUCUAUCGACAUUUCCUACGACCUCACGAAACACAUUGACUGGGGAAAGUACGCGGAAGCAAUUAUCGACGGUGAGCAAUCGGUAGAAAUUCUUCCACCGCGGGAAGAGUAUCAGUUUCUAUCAGAACUGAUCAUCAGUAGCGCGCUUCAGGCACAACGUCGGCCAGUUCCAGGUCCAUCGGCUCGCAGGAAACCCCCCAAUCCGUGGUGGGAUAGCGAGUGUACAGAAAUCUAUCGCGAAAAAUCCGCUGCGUUCAAAGAGUUUCGGAAACGCGGUUCGGUCGAAAACUUCAAGCGGUACGUUUCCCUUGAAAGCAAGUUCAAAAAAUUGAUCAAGGCGAACAAAAGCGGUUACUGGCGUCGGUUCGUCGAGGGUUUAUUGCGCGAGACAUCAAUGAGAACUCUUUGGAACGUCGGGAGAAGAAUGCGUAACGCGUCGUCGGUAAACGAGGAUCGAGAAAGCUCUCCUCGGUGGAUUCUCAAGUUCGCAAAAAAAGUUUGUCCAGAUUCCGUACCCGUGAAGCGAAUAAUUCGUGAUGUUUCCGAGGAUAGGGACGACAUGGAUAGGCCGUUUUCGGUUCUGUCACAUUCGCCCGAAAAUCAUUCGCCCGAAUUCCAAAUACCCGAAAGACAAACGCCCGAAUGUAACAAACGCCCGAAAGUCAUUCGCCCGAAAAGACCAUUCGCCCGAAAAGACCAUUCACCCGAAAGACCAUUCGCCCGAAAACCAUACUAAUCUUGAAAACACUUUUUUGAAAUCAAUUUAGGUGUCGUCCACGCGUAUGGCUAAACGCCAUUAUCAACUAAAAGUAACUGCAACUAUUUUCGCCAGAAGUUUAUGCUGUGUUCAAGAUUUAAGACAUAUACUGUUACAAACAUUUUUCGGCAAUAUAGCUGUAAAAACAUUUAUUGGAAUUGUCCCUUCUUUUGUUAAUAGGCUUUUCUUUCUAGUUUCACCUUCAAGGAAAUUAUAUUCAAUUUGAUGUAAUUUUUUUACUAGAAAAUUGCCAUUCUUUCAAUCAUCGGCUGUUCUUUUAACUUAACAGGGAACUAUGACGUUUAUAUUUUUACAAUUUUUGGAUUCCAAACAUGGAUUCAAAAGAACAGCUUGUUCAAAUAAGAAUGCUGAAUUCUCGCGAUUUUGACGUUUUUUCUGCAUCCGCUAGCUCACACGUUUAAAUUUUAUCAAUUAUUGUUCAUUUUAACGAAACGUAGUUAUUGCGAGUAGAUCAGUCGUGAACACUAUUAACUUAAAAGUGUUGACUACUCCGUGCUGAAGUUUUGUCUUUAUCCUUUCGAUCAACAAUGCUGUAACAAUAAAUGACCUAUAAUGUGAUAUUUUCACAAACAAUUAGGCCUUCUUCAAAACAUAGGCCAUUCUUGCAAACUAAGCUAAUAUGAUUAUUAUUGGCGCUAGUCCAGCUGUUCUGGCGACAGACACCAUGUGUCUGUCCUUCCUAAAACUUUCAUCGUGACAAACCAGAAAUAAAAUUUUUCUAAGAAAUUGCAUGGAAUCGCCGGAUUUUUUUUUUAUUCGUGAAUAUUAACUUAGGCUAAUUUCUCACAACUGGAAACGGCGGAUGACUUUCGGGCAAAUGGUCUUUCGGGUGAAUGGUCUUUUCGGGCGAAUAGUCAUUCGGGCGAAUGGUCUUUUCGGGCGAAUGGUCUAUUCGGGCGAAUGGUCUAUUCGGGCGAAUGGUCUAUUCGGGCGAUUGGAAUUCGGGCGAUUGUCAUUCGGGCGUUUGUCAUUCGGGCGAAUGGUUUUCGGGCGAAUGUGACAGAAUCACCGUUUUCGAUGGUUGAAUUCUCACUUGCUCUUCUUUCAUGUAACAAUUCCGCUCCAGGAAUGGAUCGUAUUAAGUUCAACUUGCUUAAAAACCUCCCCGACGUCGCUAAGAGGCGCUUGUUGAACUUGUUCAAUCAGUUCCUGGAUAACAACAUUAUUCCGGAUGAUUGGAGGCAAGUGAGAGUGAUAGCUAUUCAAAAACCCGGGAAACCCGCGUCGGAUCAUAAUUCGUACCGUCCAAUCGCGAUGUUGUCUUGUCUACGGAAGUUGUUGGAGAAGAUGAUUCUCUUUCGACUGGACAAAUGGGUUGAAUCGAAUGGCAUGUUGUCUGAUACACAAUUUGGUUUCCGCAGAGGCAAAGGAACGAACGACUGUCUUGCGUUGCUUACUUCAGAAAUUCAGCUUGCCUUUGCUCAAAAGCAGCAAAUGGGCUCAGUGUUUUUGGAUAUUAAGGGAGCUUUUGAUUCAGUUUGUGUCGAUGUUCUCUCCGACAAACUACACGAAAGUGGCCUUUCACCAAUUUUGAACAACUUUUUGUAUAAUUUGCUGUUUGAGAAGCAGAUGAGUUUUGCUCAUGGCGACUUGACAGUUUCACGAAUUAGCUACAUGGGUCUCCCCCAGGGUUCAUGUCUAAGCCCCCUUCUUUACAAUUUUUAUGUUAGAGACAUAGAUGAUUGUCUCAUGGAAAAUUGCACGUUAAGACAGCUUGCGGAUGACUGUGUUGUUUCUAUAACGGGAUCAAUAGCAGUAGAUAUGCAAGGACCACUACAGGAUACUUUGGACAAUUUGUCUACUUGGGCUCUCAAGCUGGGUAUCGAAUUCUCUCCGGAGAAAACUGAGAUGGUUGUCUUUUCUAAAAAACACAAGUCGGCCAAGUUUCCGCUCCAUCUGAUGGGUAAGACAAUCACUCAUAGCAUGUCUUCUCAAUAUCUCGGCGUCUGGUUCGACUCCAAAUGCACCUGGGGGAAGCACAUUGUGUAUCUGAUACAGAAAUGCCAAAAGCGAAUCAACUUUAUGCGAACUAUUACCGGAACAUGGUGGGGAGCACAUCCGGAAGAUCUGAUCAGGCUGUACCAAACAACCAUUCUGUCGGUUUUAGAAUACGGUAGCUUCUGUUUUCAAUCCGCGGCGAAAACACACUUGCUGAAGCUUCAACGGGUUCAGUACCGUUGUCUUCGGAUCGCGUUAGGUUGCAUGAACUCAACUCACACUAUGAGUUUAGAGGUACUCGCUGGUGUACAGCCUCUGACAGACCGCUUUGCGGAGUUAUCGUUCCGGUUUCUCAUCCGAUGCGAGGUUGUGAAUCCAUUGGUCAUAGAAAAUUUCGAAAAGCUGCUCGAACAGAACCCUCAAACUCGUUUUAUGAGUGUGUACUACUGGUACAUGACGCUGGAGGUAAGCCCAUCUCCGGUUAACACCAAUCGUGACAACUUCUCAAACUUCGACAGCUCCUCAGUGGAUUUUGAUCUCUCUAUGAAGGAUGAGAUCACCGGUAUUCCGGAAUCUUUUCGUCCCGUAGGUAUUCCACAGAUCUUUGCAAGUAAGUUCGGGCAUGUUAGCGGGGACAGACAGUUCUUCACAGACGGUUCGAAAACCGAUGACCAAAGUGGUUUCGGUGUCUACAACGAAUUUCAUAGCGCCACCUACAUGCUUCAAAAGCCAUGUUCGGUAUACAUUGCUGAGCUAGCGGCUAUAUACUACACCUUAGAGUACAUUCGCACUCUUCCACCUGAGCACUACUUCAUUUUUACCGACAGUCUAAGCUCUCUGGAGGCUGUUCGGUCAAUGAAACCGAUGAAGCACUCAGCGUACUUCCUGAAUGGAAUACGCCAAGUCUUGAGUGCUUUGUCCAAAUGCUCAGACAUCAUCACCAUAGCUUGGGUCCCUUCACAUUGCUCAAUUCCGGGCAAUGAGAAAGCGGACUCUCUGGCUAAGGUGGGCGCUAGCGGAGGCGAUAUUUACAAGCGUCAAAUCGCCUUCGACGAUUUUUUUGCAUUGGCCCGUCAGGAGACCUUGAUCAGCUGGCAACACAAAUGGAGAGAUGGAGAGAUGGGUAGAUGGUUGCACUCCAUCAUUCCACAGGUGUCGAAGAAGCCAUGGUUCAAAGGGUUGGAUUUGAGCCGCGAUUUCAUUCGUGUGAUGUGUCGGCUGAUGUCCAACCACUAUUUGUUGAAUGCACAUACCUUCCGUAUUGGGCUCUCAGAAAGCAAUCUCUGUGUCUGUGGCGUAGCUUACCAGGAUAUCGAACAUGUCGUGUGGGGAUGCAAUGAGUAUCGUGAGGUCAGAUCUGAGCUGCAUGAAAUUCUCCGGGUCCGAGGAAAACAACAGAAACCCGUUAGAGAAGUGUUGGCAGGACUUGAUUUGGAAUACAUGAAGCUGAUUUACCAGUUUUUGAAGCGUGUUGAUGUCAGAGUUUGAUGUAGUACGUUCCUUGUUUUCGUUGUCCGCUCUUUGGUUUUGUUGUUCGCCCCUGUCUGUCGUCACCCCCCUUCCGUUUGUCCUCUUCUUGUCGUUGUCUACCGAUAAAGUCCUCUCUUUUUUGUUCCAUUUCAGAUAAGGACAUUUUGCCCCAUCAAUGUUUUUAGUAUAAGUUAGCAAAUAAUUUAGUUUAAGACCCCUAAAUCCCUCCUUCCCAAUUUUAUUUUAUUUUUUUUUAUCCCUAACCUCGAAACAGCCGCGAGUACUUCGGCUCCCCAAACUAACAUAGCAUUAAGGCAGUAAAUAUUGUAAAAUGUAAAAUAUAUUGUAAAAAAAACAACAAAUGAUUUCGGCUCAGUUAUGCCCAUGAGGCGCCCGAGCCUUCCAAAUAAACGAAUAAGUAAAAAAAAAAAAUGAUGCUAAUGAAUGAUGACGAACGAAUUGAAGGCACCUCUAUAAUUAAUGUGUGUAGUGCAGUGGUCACCAAACUGCGGCCCACGGGCCGCAUGCGGCCCUCGACCAGGUUUUGUGCGGCCCGCGAACUGAUUUUGAAAUGUAUUGGAAAGUGGCCCACUCACAGAUUCCAUAAUGAAAUUAAUUUUACCAUAUUUUAAAAGUUUUAUGAUAAUAAAUAUUGACUACUGAAAUUUUGCCAAUAUCAAGGAGAGUUUUUCAAAAGAAGUAAGACUUAUGAAAGUCUUACAAACUGUAAAAGAAAAUAUUUGAAACUAUUGUUAGGAACGGUGUGCUUCCCUUAAAUUAUGAAUUUAGGCUAAAUUUCACAGAUUGUCUGCCACGACUUGUGGAAGAGCUCGUCAUUUUCGUCAAAAAAAUCAUUGUAUUCGAUAUGCUUUAUGUUCAGCACUUCUACCAGGAAACCAUUCCAAAAUAAAUUACAGAAUUUUUGCCUUAUUUUUUUCUUAAAAGGAAGUGUUGCCCAAACUUUCGGAAUUUCGCUAAAAACUUCAGGGAUUGGCCAAGAUACUCUUCAUUCCCCUAGCAAUACUUUUGGGAAUCUAUUUUAAAUCAGCACACAUUGCUCAGAAAAUCAUGCCUGCAGGUUUUUUCUUUAUUAGCUUCCUAAGAAAUUACGCAAGAAAAACUUCAUUGAUUUCCACAACAGUAUCUCCAGGCAGUUUUUAGGAAUUUCUUCUGAGAACCCUGAAAUCCUUACAAAUCAUUCUUAAAUUUUUAAAAAUUUACGAGAAGUUACAGUUCCAAGAUUUUUUUUAAAUAAAGGGUUUGAUAUACUUUUCAGGAAAUUCCAUUCGGCAAUUUGUCAAAACUGGAUCCCCUGUUUCAAGAAAUUUCUCCGUGUUCAUGUCUAGGAUUUUUGCACUUUAAAAUUGCGUUAUAUAUACGCUGUAAUAUUUUUGAAGAACAGGCAUUAUAAACCCAAAAUAUUACAGUCUUGAAACCCCUGUUUUCAAUUCCCUAUGAUUUUAUAAUUUUCCCAAGUGAAAUAAAAACUCAUUAUAACUCCAGUAGGUGAAUUCCCAGCGAACAUUUUCUUCGAAGAGAAGACAAUUUUCUUGCUGGUCUGCAACGGAAGAAAAUUUCUUCUCUUUGAAGAAACUGUGCGCCAGAAUUCAGCCACAGGUUGUUUAGUUUUUUGCUCUUGUUCAAUAUUUUCAAAAAAUCAAACAAAUGGAUUUUGAGAAAAAAAUGUUGAAAAUAAACUCUUGAAUGACUUGCGGCCCGCAGUCUCUUUUCCAAAUUUAAUUUUGGCCCACAAAGACAGUAAGGCUGAGGAUCACUAGUGUAGUGAUAAAUGCAUAAUGCAGCUGUAGCUUAAGUUAAUAUUGAAGAUUUGUCAUUUGUGUAACUAUAUCUUGUACAUGGUCAAAUACGUUAUACUCAGUUAUUAACAUCAAUUCACCUCAUCAUGAAGAUAAUAAUGAACUUAUGGAAAACGGUUAGACACUACAAACCCGACUCAGACUUCUUCGAGCUGGUGGACCUGCUUGCUGAUCUGUGUGGAUUCUACCCACCGAAAUGGAAUUCUAUGGCACUAACCGCAUGGAUGAUGUUGAAAGUUGGUCAAGUAGUACAGUACACUUUCUACGGCUAUCAUUGCUAUCAGUCGGCAGUAAACUGGCGAGAUAUUCUUUACUUUGCACUGAACAUAAAUCUUUUUGUUAUUCUGUCGGUGGGACUUUUCAGAGCUGUCACCUUGGCUUAUUAUCAACGACAGUUGGAUGAAGUGAAACGUUUCGUGAACUCAAGACAAUGCGGCAAAGAUGACGCCAAAGUCAACUAUACCCGCAAGUUACGCUUCUGGAUCAACAAUCGUUUAGAGUUGGGUGGUUUGGUUAUGUUGGUGCUAAAUGCGAGCAAUUGGUGCCUGACGGCUGCCUUCUCCGAGGAUUUGUACCAGAUUCCAUUUUCUUUGCAGUUUUUACCAAGGCCGGUGGCAAAUGUCAUUGUUUAUUACUACUCGUUUCAGAUGUUGAUGCAAAAUUUUACAUAUUGGCAGAGUUCCUUUCAAUUUGGAAUGUUGCUUUCUUUGUUAAGGAACGAGUUGUUGAUAGUUUCGGAAUAUUUCGAAUCGAUUUUUGAUCGAGCUUUUCAGGUCUGCUGCGAGGAUGACCUGGAAUUGUGGUACGGCGAUAGUUUGGUUGCUUCGAAGAUUUGGAGAACUGUUCGGAUAGAUUUCAAUCAAGCAGCCGCCUAUUACAGUGAAUUCGUCUAUCACGAGGAAAUAUUCAAGCAAGUCACCUAUGCAAACUUUUUAGUCCUCUUAUUGGCUACUGCAGUUCUGGUGACCCUCAAUAGUUUCCUGUGCGUGAUUGAUUUUUCCAGUGAUGCUUUGGGAAUGUUGGUCUUCGGAGCAAUGUGUGCCAUGGAGUGUUUUUUCACAUGCAGACUGCUAGAUGAACUGGAUGAUGUUAAUGCGAAAAUUGCCAUGAAGGCCUACUCAAUGGAUUGGAUGACCAGCAUCACGCUACCACGUGGGAACUGUGACGACUAUCGGAGCAUCAAGGGAACGGCUUUGAUUGUUCAAGCACAGGCUCAAAAGGGAUUUUGUUUUCGGGCCGGAGGGAUGUUUGACAUGAACUCGGAAAUGUUUAUGCAAAUCAUGCAAAUGUGCUACACUUGGAUUACCUUUCUGAUGCAAACACAAAAGCUGCAAUAA